CUCUGCGCCGCAGCCCACGCCGUCGCCACCACCGAGCCCGCUGCUACCGGCUCCGAGCAGAGGAUGGCUGUCCCUCCCACGUACAUUGACCUUGGCAAACCUGCUCGGGAUGUCUUCACCAAGGGCUAUGGGUUUGGCCUCAUAAAACUGGAUUUGAAGACAAAAUCCGAGAAUGGACUGGAAUUUACCAGCUCCGGCUCAGCCAACACCGAGACCAACAAAGUCACGGGCAGUCUGGAAACCAAGUACCGGUGGACCGAGUACGGGCUGACGUUCACCGAGAAGUGGAACACAGACAACACUCUGGGCACCGAGAUCACUGUGGAAGACCAGCUGACCCACGGACUGAAGCUGACCUUUGACUCGUCCUUCUCCCCAAACACUGGGAAAAAGAACGCCAAAAUCAAGACGGGGUACAAGCGGGAGCACGUCAACCUGGGCUGCGACGUGGAUUUCGACAUCGCCGGGCCUGCCAUCCGCGGGGCUCUGGUGCUGGGCUACGAGGGCUGGCUGGCUGGCUACCAGAUGAACUUCGAGACCGCCAAGUCCCGGGUCACCCAGAGCAACUUUGCGGUUGGCUACAAGACGGACGAAUUCCAGCUUCACACCAAUGUGAAUGAUGGGACAGAGUUUGGCGGCUCCAUUUACCAGAAGGUGAACAAGAAGUUGGAGACUGCUGUCAAUCUCGCCUGGACAGCCGGCAAUAGCAACACCCGCUUCGGAAUAGCAGCCAAGUAUCAGAUCGACCCUGACGCCUGCUUCUCGGCAAAGGUGAACAACUCCAGCCUGAUCGGUUUAGGCUACACUCAGACCCUAAAGCCAGGCAUCAAGCUGACACUGUCUGCUCUGUUGGACGGCAAGAAUGUCAACGCCGGUGGCCACAAGCUUGGUCUAGGACUGGAAUUCCAAGCAUAAACGAAUACUGUACAAUCAUCUAAUUUUAAACUAUUUUGCAGCAUAGCUACCUUCAGAAUUCUAGUGUACCUGUUAAUGUUGUAUGUCUGGGAUGCAAGCAUCGCUCAAUAUCAUGUUAGACCUCCAGGUGACAGCGGAUUCAGCUUUAACGUGUUCCCCUCUCUGAGGUACAGAAGAGACCCGGCUCCAAAAAAAGGUCUUUCAGCUGUAGCCUUUGGGGGGCGGUGGACUGGGUGACUCCCUUCUAGAGAUGUCAGGUUUCUUCUUGAUCUAGAAAUGGCUGCGAGGGAAGCUGAUCGUGUGUAGGCACGUUGUCAAUUCACAGUGAGUCAUGAGUGAAACCACCACUUCCUGAGAGUCCAACCUUGCUUUGCUAACCCGAGCGCUCGUUGCUUGAUGGUGUGGGCACACCCAGCCGACAGGGGCUUUUGAAGACCCAUCCUCAUGACCUGUUUCCCCCCAAAGGCCAUCACCUCUUUACACCAAAAGUACUCUGCUGGGUGUGGUAGCUGAUUUGUGUGUGUGUGUGUGUGUGUGUGUGUGUGUGUGCCAUUUUGGGGUGAAGAAGGUAGGUGUGAUGAAGCCAAUAAUCCAGGACUUACCCCCUCUCAAGUUGUGGUUUAGUGUCCUUGCACCAGAGUGUGGACUAGCUCCCAACACCAACAACACCCCGGCUGGCCGCGAGCUGGCAAGGUCUCGGUCACAGGAACCACACGGCGACCGCACCCAGAACCUCAAUUGGGCUGUGGUGUCUUCUCCACUCAGUUUAUUUUUUAGCCGUUUCAUGGGUACAUUUUAGAGUCUUCCGUUUUGUGUGGAAUUAGAUCCUCCCCCAUCAAAUGCUGUAAUUAACAUCACUUAAAAUGAAACUUGAAUAAAAUAUUGAAACCUCA